CAAUAAAUUUUAAUAAAAAAAACAUAAAAAGUAAUUUGUAAUUAAAUGCAUUUAUAAACUAAAAAGAAUUGACAAAAAAACCAAAGCCCAACCAAAUAACAAUAAAACUCAAAAAAAUACAAACAAGGAAUUUAACAUAUCAAAAACCUUGGAACGUCAAAAUUAAUUUGCUACUACUACCACACGGUCUUCUCUUUUUUUUACAAAAUACAAAAAAAAAUAAACAAAAUUUAUUAUUAAUAAAAUUUUUUAAAUCAAACGUAUAAAUAAAUAAACGUCAAUAAAGAUGAAUUCUAAAGUGGGUUCGUUAGAGGAAAAAGUUAAAUUACCGCCUACGGAAACUAUCAGUCGCUGCUAUCAGCCGCAGGGCAAUCGUAAGGUCAUUCGCAUUUUAACGGUAGCAGUUUAUGUUCUAUGUGUGUCUCUGGCAGCCAUAAUGUUGUCUUUAUAUUAUAUAUUCAUAUGGGAUCCAACGAUACGCCCAUUUGUUACAAAAAAUAAUAAUUGUGACAAAAUUGUGAUACCCGAAAAAAUCGCCAUACGUUUAAUCAAUUCAUCCGAAGUAACCGCCGAACAAUUCUAUAAACACAUCCUCGAACAAUAUCGUAUACUAAAUCAACUGCAACAGCAGCGUCAACAAUUUCUACAGAAACAACACAUACAACUGCAACAAUUGGCAGCAACGGGCAAUAAAUUCCAAGAGAUAUUCGCAACAGCGACAAUAAUACAAUCAAAUCCUAAAGAUCGCAUCAAUAAACCGGUAACACCAACCAACGGUACAUUCCUGCUUGAUCCAGCAAGGCAACCACCACCACCACCGCCGCCAGAACUCGCCGAAUUACCCACACUUAACGAACCCGAACGAAUUCCUUUGGGCAUAGAGAAAGAAACGACAGUUUUGCGGCCCAUAGAAACACUACCCAUUCUGGAUACAUCACCCGUGUAUGGUACCAAAAGGAAAACACAUCGCAAACACUAUCAACAUCAUCGUCGGAAUCAACGUAAUCAUCAGAAACUUAAGGAAUUGGAUGAAGAGGAAAAUCUAGAGGAUAAAAUAACGGAAGAGAAAUACAAGGAGGCUGCUUUAAAUCCACCCACAUCAAUAAUACAGGAACCUCUUUACACCUCAAUACCCAUUCCCUUGAUAUUGAAUUCAAAAGAAGACAAAAGACCCCAUCACAGUCAUGGCCACAAUGGUCAUGGUCACAUGGAGAAACGUACCAAAGCUUUGGCGCGUAAACGCAUAACAGCGCCUUCCGUUUCUGGCUACGAUACAAAAUCAUAUUUGAAUCCAUUUCUAAAUGGUGAAUUAAUAUUUGAGAAAUAAAUUCUUGCAAUAAUAAAAUUUAAGGAAUUGAGUUUAAGCUAAACCACUUUUUUUUGGAAAACUAUUUAUGUAUGAAUGUGCGUAACAACAACAAAAAAAAACAUU